CGGUAUAUGCUAAUCAAAGCUUUGGCAUUGUUUGGGGAAAAUGGCUAGGGAUUUAAUUUUCUGGGUUCUCUGUUUCUUCAUCAACAUUGCUCUUCUUGCUUCAUCCUUUUAUCAGUUGCUAUCUUUAUCAUAUCUUGAGGCUGACCAUCUCAAUCCUUUCGAAGCAACUCGGAUUAAUUCCAUUGUUCCCCUGGAGUUCCUUCUGCAAGCAUUUCUCUGCCUUUCUUUCCUGCUUACCUGUCAUUGGUUCAUGUUUCUCUUCACUCUUCCCAUUACUGCUUAUCAUUUGAUGUUGUACUUGAACCGAAAACAUCUUCUUGAUGUCAUUGAGAUUUUCAGAGAUCUUAAUACUGAGAAGCAAUAUCGUUUAGUCAAGCUGGCUGUUUACUUGUUGCUCUUCAUUGUUGUUUUUAGACUUCUUUCUUCUAGUAUAUUUUUUUCUUUGCUUGGAAGUUUAAAGAACUAUACAUUCUAACCUCUCUUUUCUACUAGUAUUUUAGGAACCCUUUGGUUAGUCCUCUUGUCAUAAUUCAACACAUGCAUGUGCCAUUUAUCUGUUAUAGAAGUAGAUUGUUGUCUUUACUGCUUAUGUUCGUGUUGGUAUCGCAUGCAUGAAUAACAUGGCAAGUUUACCAUUUGCAUCACGCG